UUCGCCACCAUCGCCGACCAGAUCCGCCGCCGCGAUUCGAGCACUGUCCGUCAGCGACGAGCUUCUCUGCCGUCAAUCGAGCUCCUCCGCCUCCCCGUGCACCUCAUCCCAAUUCUGGAAGAGCAUGUCUUCGAGCAUGACUGCCGAGUGGGAUGAAGAGAACACUAGGAUCGUUACCAACUUGAUGGUUACGCAAGUGCGGGCUGGAAAUAGGCCAAACAAAAUCUUGACCCCUAGUGCAUUCGAGGAAGUGGCAUUGCAAUUCAAAGUGAGAACCGGAUUGGACUACACGAGCAACCAAAUGAAAAACAUAUGGGACAAGCUGAAAGCAGAUUACGCUUUAUUCAAGAAGCUCAAGCUAAAGGAGACCGGAGGGGGAUGGGACUUUGUUCUCAACACUGUCAAACAAGAUAAGGAGUGGUGGAAGAAAGCAAAAAUUGACCUUAAAGGCUGCGGCAAGUUCCAAAAGCGUGGACUACGCAAUGAAGAAAACUUGAGCAUUAUGUUUGAGGACAUCACCAGUGAUGGCACAGACCAUUGGAAUCCUUCUACAGGCAUACCUCCCUCCUCUAGUGCAGCAAUACCAGAUACCAUUGAUAUUGAAGCCAUCACAGAUGUUGAUUUGCUAGAAGAUCCCCAAGUGCCACCUUCUCCUGCUAUGCCACCUUCUCCUAGUAUGCCACAUUCUCCUUUCGUGCCAUCAACGAAAAAGAGGCUUGGAAAAACCAUUGAUGACAAGCACAAGAAACCUAGGACUGCACAAGUGAUGCAAGAUGAGAUUACACAGAUUAAAAUCAUUGCUAAGGAGUCCCAAGAAACCGUUCAAUCAUUCAUAAAGAAUGAUGAUGCCACUUCUGUUGCCAGUACCAUGAAUGAAGUGCUUGCUCUUGGUAUUUUAGAGGGUAGUGAUGAACACUACAUAGCGACUGAGUUAUUCAUCAAAAGAGAGCAAAGAGAGAUGUUUCUACACAUGGGUGUUGCCGCACGAAAAGAUUGGCUUCGUAGGAAGUUUGCCAUGACGUAUGGGAAAUAGUUGGUUCCACUAGAUGGUUUCUCAUGUCUU